AAAUGGGCCGUUCUUGAGGGCGUUCCUUCCUAGUUGGCUUUGGCUGGAGUGGGAAUCAGCUGUUAGCAGGCUAGCUUGUCGUCUCAAAUCUGAGCAUUAUACAUUUCUGUGUACGGUGAACGACCAUACCUAGAACAUUUGCUGAGACGAAGGAAUUCGGCAUAUUCUCUGACUGCAAUGCAGCGCAAGAAUAGCUAGAUCAAGUGGACCGGCAUAAAUAGCCAGUUAGCUGACGCCUGGAUUAGCGUUAGCCGGGUGUAGGGCUAGCUAGCAAACUACGUCUGGUUUAUGAAGACCAGAUUUAUGUUUUUUAACGUAUCAGCUGUCUAGCAGCUUCAGCUAGGCUUUUUAAAACUGAGUAUAACGUGUUGCUAUUAACGGUUAAACCGGUGUCCUAGCGUUGCCAGCCUUUGGAUUAGUUUAGUGGUCAAGCCUGUAUCUGGCCGACGUAUCAAUGCGCUACUCGCCAUGCCUUUGCGCACACGCCCUGAACAAGACAGGGAUUCAACUGUUCAGUUUGAAUUGUGUGUUGUAGAUAUGAACCCCGAUAUGUGGCUGCUACUCAUGUAUUUAAAAUUGAAUGUGUCAUUUUGAGACCAGACAUCACUGACAGUGGUUCUGUCUGAUGUUAUAGACGAGUGGACGGUUCUUUCAGAUAUCUGGGGUGUAGUCAGUAGUAGGACUUUAGCAAAUUGUUUAAUCAUGGGGGCUACAGUGUCAUGCUGCAUGUCCCCCGGCGGGAGUCCAAAGCUUGCAAGGAGAGCAGUCGAGCUCGACGACUACCCAAUAACCACCACUGGCGACGACGUAAGCGAGGACACGGGCACCUAUCUGCAGCACAUCAGCGAUAGAGAGGUCCCGGAUGAAUUGGCGCAGGAGUCGAACCCAUCCGAUAAUGCCAGAGCCAGCACAAUCUUCCUCAACAAGUCUCAGACUGAUGUGCGGGAGAAAAGGAGAAGUAACUACUUAAGUAAUCAUCACACGUCUCCUGGGUUAUCUAAAAAGUACAGCUCCUGCUCCACAAUAUUCCUUGACGAUAGCACGGUCAGCCUGCCCAACCUGAAGAGUACGGUCAAAUGUGUCACGUUGGCGAUAUACUAUCACAUAAAAAACAGGGAUUCAAACCGUUCUCUGGACAUUUUUGAUGAGAAGAUCCACCCAUUAACGAGAGAGAAGGUUCCAGAAGACUACUACAGCGUGGACCCUGAACACAAGCUCAUCUACCGCUUUGUCCGCACGCUCUUCAGCUCGGCCCAGCUGACUGCUGAGUGUGCCAUCGUCACCCUGGUGUACCUGGAGCGUCUGCUGACCUACGCUGAGAUGGACAUCUGUCCCUGCAACUGGAAGCGGAUCGUACUGGGAGCCAUCCUGCUGGCGUCCAAGGUGUGGGACGACCAGGCCGUGUGGAACGUAGACUACUGCCAGAUCCUCAAGGACAUCACCGUGGAGGACAUGAAUGAGAUGGAGAGGCACUUCCUGGAGCUGCUUCAGUUCAACAUCAACGUGCCGGCCAGCGUCUACGCCAAGUACUACUUUGACCUGCGCUCCCUGGCCGACGACAACAACCUCAACUUCCCCCUUGAGCCACUUGACAACCAGCGAGCCACUAAACUGGAGGCUAUCUCCAGACUGUGUGAGGACAAAUACAAGGAUCUGGGCAAGGUGACCAUAAGGAGGUCCCUCAGCGCAGACAAUCUGGUGGGUGUCCGAACCACCCACGCCGUGCUGUCCUAAAGCUGGACCUGCUACACACACAGGACAGGCUGAGGAUGCACCGAAGGUCUUCCUAAACUAGACACUCACUGGCACCAUCGACACACACAGCUGGUCCCAAAUCACGCCCAGAUCUGUAUGGUGGCAGCUCCACCACUGAUACUUACUCAUACACUCCAGAUCUGCAAGAAGGGAUGGAGUGUCUGACACCACACACUGACCAUGGUGAGGAAGCCUCUAACUACCCUGUGGUGUAGUUUGGCACACGGACAGAUGGUGAUGUAGGGCGGUUUUCUUUGCUUACUGUGUAGGCCCUUUAGCUGGGAAAUGUAUCGGUUUUUAAUUGAACAUAUUUUCAGUUGCUGUUUAUUUCAAAUAAACCGUAAUAAACUAUCAAAUCUG